CUUCAUUGCCCACUUUGUGUCAAAAACAGUUUUGCCUCUACGUGGAAAGUGAAAAUGACAUUGAUACUCUUGUUGCCAUUUACUCUUCUAAUCCAUCAAGUUACCUGUUGGAGUAUAGCAACCAUCAGUCCUAUUGAGCAAGAGCAUACAUGUCCACCUUCAUCUUGUGGCAAAAUUUCCAACAUAACUUACCCAUUUCGAUUAAAUAAUGACCCAAUUAAUUGCGGGGACAAAAGGUACGAAUUAGCAUGUGAAAAUAAUGUGACAACUUUAAAUUUGUAUUCAGGAAAAUAUCAUGUGCAAUCCAUCAACUACAACAAUUUCACAAUCCGAUUGGUUGAUCUUGGAGUUCAACAAUCUAAUUGCUCUUCUAUACCUCUUUAUUCUUUGUCUCAAUCUAAUUUCUGUGAUACCUAUAAUUAUUACGGUCGCAAUUGCAAAGACCCAUACCAUGCCGUAUCUGAUCAAGAACGACUUCUAUAUCCAGAUAUGGGUUCCCACGAACUUCUUUUUAAGCAUAUAGUUUACUUGAAUUGUACCCAUCAAGUAACUAACAAUCCUAAAUAUGUGAAUACUUCUUCCUGUUUCCAAUUUGGUUACUCCAAAAGUAAUUAUAUAUAUGCUAUGGCUGGUGAUUUAAUUGCUCAAGAUUUUCAAGUUGGUUGUCAUGUGAAAUUGGUUACUCCAACAUCUUUGUUGGGUUUGGAAAGAAAUAAGUUACUUUCCUAUGAUAUCAUUCACAAGGCAUUAGUCUAUGGAUUUGAGAUUUCAUGGAUGCAUCUUUCUUGUCAUAAUCGUUGCGGAGAUUUAGCAAUAUGCCUCUUCAUCAAUUCAACUAGCGACAUACUUCAGUGCAGACCCUACUGCGGAUCUUCUUGGGACUACAUGGCUGGUUCGACUAUCCGUAGUUGUGACACCUUCAUAAAAGGAUUAUAUGAACUUAUAAAAGGAUCAAUCCCAGAGUAUCUAGGUUUUGCUAACUUUAAAGUAGGAUUUUCCAUAGGACACUACGGUAUACCGUCAUUCUGUGCGGCUAGAUUCCUCUUUGGGAUGACAUUGUUUAUUGCAUUGCUGAUAUACAAAUGGAAAAGAAGUCAUUUGUCAACGUAUGAAUGUAUUGAAAUAUAUCUACAACAACAAAACAACCUGAUGCCCAUCAGAUACUCAUACAAAGAAAUUAAGAAAAUGGCUCGAGGUUUCAAAGAUAAGUUGGGUGAAGGAGGCUUCGGCACUGUAUUUAAGGGGAACCUACGUAGUGGUCCUUGUGUGGCAAUAAAGAUGUUGGGUAAAUCGAAAGGUAAUGGGAAAGAUUUUAUUAGUGAAGUCUCAACCAUCGGAAGAAUAUAUCAUUUGAAUGUGGUACGAUUACUUGGAUUUUGUAUCGAGGGAUCGAAACGUGCUCUUGUUUAUGAAUUCAUGCCUAAUGGAUCACUUGAUAAAUUUAUUUUCUCUAAAGAAGGAAGUGUAAAUAUAAGCUAUAGCCAAAUUUUUGACAUAUCAGUUGGAGUAGCUCGUGGGAUUGCUUAUCUCCACCAUGGAUGCGAAAUGAAGAUUUUACAUUUUGAUAUCAAGCCUCACAACAUCCUUCUUGAUGAAAACUUCACACCAAAAGUCUCUGACUUCGGAUUGGCUAAGCUAUAUCCCGUGGAGAAUAGCAUUGUCACAAUGACUGCGGCAAGAGGUACCAUUGGAUAUAUGGCUCCAGAAUUGUUCUAUAAAAAUAUUGGGGGAGUGUCUUAUAAGGCUGAUGUUUAUAGCUUUGGGAUGCUUUUGAUGGAGAUGGCAGGUAAAAGGAAAAACCUAAAUGUCCAAGCGGAGCAUUCAAGUCAGCUUUAUUUUCCUUUAUGGAUUUAUGAUCAAUUUGGACAAGAGGGAGAAAUAGAAAUAGAAGAUGUCCCAGAGGACGAAAAGAAAAUAGUAAAGAAGAUGAUCAUAGUCGCACUUUGGUGUAUACAAUUGACACCAGAUGAUCGCCCCUCAAUGAGCAAAGUAGUGGAGAUGCUCGAAGGAGAUGUAGAAAGCCUUGAAAUGCCUCUGAAGCCAACCCUUUAUCCACAUGAAACGGCUGUAGACAAUCAAAGAACCAACCUUGACCAAACAACGUCCAGUGAUUACGGUAGUUCUUAUGAUUCUGUUGAAAUGGAAACCAAAUCUCUAUUAGAGAAUAUUGCUUGAAUUUUUACGAGAGAAAUUUUCUGUAUCAAAUUUAUCUAAUACACCUGUUCUUCAAUU